GGUCCACCGACGCCUCACGCCGGUGUCACCGGUGGACCCCAUUUGAACGGAGCUUCUCCGAGUCCUCACCCUAUGCCGCCUCACGGGAUGAUGAGCGGAUCGCCUCACGCGCCUCAUCCGCACAUGGGCGGCGGUGGACCGUCGCCUCAUCCUCAUCAUCCUGGUCCUCACAUGGUCGGUUCGCCGCAUCAUCCCGGACCCCAUCCCAUGGGCCCAGCCGCUGGCAUGAUGGGCCCGGCUAGUAUGCAACCGCAAGGGGCACCCGGGAUGUGCGGUCCGGGACCUACUGGCCCGAUGGGUCCUCAUGCUCAUCCGCAGGGACCCGGAGUACCCGGACAACCACAUAUGCACAACGACCCCUUUUAUUGCUCGCCUUUUGGAUCCCACUACUUCAGAUCGUUGCCUGUCCCCAGGAGGCACACUCCGUACUUUGGCCAGCCGGACUACAGGCUCUACGAGUUGAACAAGAGGUUACAGCAGCGCACCGAGGAGAGCGACAAUCUCUGGUGGGACGCAUUCGCGACGGAAUUCUUCGAGGACGACGCAACCUUAACCCUCACGUUUUGCUUGGAAGAUGGUCCCAAGAGAUACACGAUAGGUAGGACGUUAAUACCUAGGUACUUCCGUUCGAUAUUCGAGGGCGGAGUGACGGAACUUUACUACAAUUUGAAGCACCCCAAGGAGUCAUUUCAUAAUACCACCAUAACCCUUGACUGUGAUCACUGCGUAAUGGUCACGCAUCACGGAAAGCCAAUGUUCACGAAGGUAUGCACGGAGGGUAGAUUAAUAUUGGAAUUCACGUUUGACGACCUUAUGAGGAUAAAGUCGUGGCAUAUGUCUGUGAGAACGCACAAGGAGCUCGUGCCUAGGUCCGUUGUCGGUAUGCAACAGGACCCGACGAUGCUCGAGCAGCUUAGCAAAAACAUUACCAGGCAGGGCAUCACCAAUUCUACCCUGAAUUACCUUAGGUUAUGCGUGAUCUUGGAACCAAUGCAGGAGCUAAUGUCGAGGCACAAGGCUUACGCGUUGUCACCACGGGAUUGCUUGAAGACGACCUUGUUCCAGAAAUGGCAGAGGAUGGUUGCCCCGCCGGAAUCCCAGAGGCCGGCUAGUAAACGAAGAAAGCGAAAGGGUAGCACCUCGGGGCCGGGAAACAACGCGCCACCGGCACCCAGCAAGAAGAGAUCGCCGGGUCCUAAUUUUUCUCUGGCGUCGCAGGACGUGAUGGUGGUCGGUGAGCCGUCGUUGAUGGGUGGCGACUUCGGCGACGAGGACGAGCGGUUAAUAACGAGGCUGGAGAACACGCAGUACGACGCGGCGAACAGCCUGGAUCCGCACAGUCACGACACUCAGGGUGGACCACCGCCUCAUCCUCACCAGUUCCAUUCGGAACCGACACCGGGCAACUCUUGGCCCCCAGACCGCGGUCCCGGCCCGCCACAGGGAGGACCCGGUACUCAGGGAGUACAAGGUGGACAAGGCGGCGCAGCGACGGGUGUACAGGGGACGCAGGAUGCCAGUCAACAGCAACAAGACAAGAAGAGUCCUGCGGUGAGCCAGUGAGGCCAGGAGUCCCCGCGC